UUAUCUGAAAAUCUUUGAUUUUUUUAUUGAAAAUGUAUUUAUGAAUGCGAAUAUAUAUUUGCUUGGUCAGUAUUGAUCACUCUAUUUGAAACUGGUUGGAGCCUGGUCUGUACUGGUCAGAUGCUGAUAUUAAUUGUCUGUGCAUGCUUUUAUCAUGCUCGUUAAACUAAAAUGUAAAUUCAAUUAAUUAUUUGAUUUAACUAUACAUUAUCUUGCCAUUUUUUUCUCCUUUCUGUACAGGCAAUGUCUAUAUUCAGGAAAAUGACUGGAGAGGAGCAGUGUGAUGUGGAAUCUGAUCAGCAAAGUCUCGAUGGUGGCCAAUCUGACCAGGGUGGGAGUGAUGAAGAUUUGUUUUCGAGUUGUGAGGAAGAUGAGGAACCUGAUUCGGCAUCGAAUGUGGAAGGCGACGACCCAUCAGAUCAGCCAGGUGAUGCGUCAGAUAGGUCUUCUGAGUCAGAUGACAGCGCAUUUGAGCCGGAGGUUGAAAUGUCAGAGAGCAAAACCUCACCAAAGAAUGAUGCCAGAAAGAGCUACAAGCCAGGUCAGCGAUAUGCAAGGAAAUGCCCGCUGUGUGUAAACAGCAGGUACAAGUACCUGUCUCAACACCUGCAGAGAACUCACCAACUCAAAUCAAAGGACAAAAGGAUGCGGAUGCUCGGCAAGGCUAGAGAAAGGGAGCCUAUAAAUCAUGGGCCAAGUCCAAAGAAACGCCGACGUACGUACCCAUGCCCGGUGAAAGGUUGCCACCAAAGGGGACUGAAAAGACCGGACCUCCACAUCCGCAACCUACACAACGUCAAGUUGAAGAGCACUCUUUACCGAAAUCUCAAGAGUCGUCUAGCUCAAUAUCGGCAGAAGCGUCGUGAAAAGAAGACCAAUCUGCCGAAUGAUUCUACGACAGAUGUACAUGUGCCUGUCACGUGCCAUGAUGUUGUGAACAAUUUUCAUAAGUACAUAGCAGCCACGAAAGCAUGUACGCGUCAAGGAAAAGCAUACGCAAAGAACAUCACAAGAAAUCUGCAGCUGCUUAAAGAUGCGAUGGGUUGCUCAUAUGCACAAAUGCUACACCCAUCAAUGCCUGAAAAGAUGAUGGUGACCCUUGCUGCCAACGGCAAGCAACCAAAGACGAUCAGCAAUUACCUGUUUGCUCUGAAGCGGUUCUGCCACUUUCUUACCAUAUAUGAUGACCAGGCUACGUCCGUCUUGAAAGUCCGCCCCUCUGUCAUCGUCAAGACACAGACAGUAGUGGAUGAUUUCAUGAGAAGCACUAGAUCAGGCAUUAUUGCCCGCCAGUCUCAGGUUAAAUCACAGAUUGGUGAUCUCAUCAUUGAUGGCAAAUACAUAACCGAUUUCCUGGAGAAGGCGGAAUCUGAACUGCAGCAGUUGUGUAGGUCAGGUUAG